AUGAAGACUGAAUGCGCGCCUACCACGCUGAGCUUUGCGCUGCUCCCCCUGGAAUCGGAGUCGAAACUCUGCGCAACCGACUCGGGCUACAAGCUUUACCCGUUCACGGGUAUGCCGUCGCAGGACGAAAUCCAGGCCAUGUGCAAGAGCAAAGCUUGCAACAAAAUGCUUGGCGAAGCCAGAGACUCUGACAUGCCUGACUGCGACUUGACUAUCAACGGCACCGCGUACAAUAUUCAAGAGAGUAUCGAACUCAUGUUCGCAGGAUGUGAGAUUAUUGAUGUCAACGAGCUCUCAGGCUAA